CCUUUAUCUACGCCAGGAUUUGUAGAGAUCUUGCGACUGUUUCCUAAUUUGACAAGAUUUGAAUAUGCAACCAAUUUCUAUACUUUCAAUAAUCAAUUUGAAGGUGUCACGCCGGAUAUGUUUGAAGCAGAAAGGUCUGCAGUGGCUGCCAUUAUGGAGACUCGGCCAUUGGUCUAUCAUGGUCAAUGGCAUGAACCUAUUACAACUGAACAACGUUUAAUGGCAGGCAUG